AUGAUCCACCCCACUGUCUUCUUCAACAUCACCCUGGACAGCAAACCCUUUGGCCAUGUCUCCUUCGAUCUGUUUGCAGACAAAGUUCCAAAGACAACGGAAAAUUGUUGUGUUCUGUGCACUGUGGAGAAUGGAUUUGGUUAUAAAGUUUCCUGCUUUCACGGGAUUGGUUCACGAUUAAUGUGCCAAGGUGGUGACUUCACACGCUAUAAUGGCGCUGGCAGCAAGCCCACUUAUGGGGAGAAACUUGAUGAGAAUGUCAUCCUGAAGCAUAGGGAUCCUGGCAUCUCAUCCGUGGUCGGCUGGACCCAACACGAAUGGUUCCCAGGUUUCGUCUGCGCUGCCAGCACUGAGUGUGAUGGUGAGCAGGUGGUCUUUGGCAAGACGAAAGAGGGCACGAAUGUUGUGGAAGCCAGGGAACACUUUGGGUCCAGCAUUGGCAAGAGCAGCAAGAUCACCGUUGCCAACUGCGGACAAAUCUAGUGCAUUUGACUCGCGUUACAUCUAA